GAGCAGCUUGAACCUAAAUCUGUGCGUGUGACUGCACACAUACUUACUUUCUUCUUUUAUAAAAGCACAGCCUUUACGUUUUCGUGUGUAUAAAAGGCCAAAAAUGUGCUUGAUAUAUGUUUUUGGAGUACUAGCCAUAACAAGUGGAGUUUUUAGCCAAGACACGACAACCUUGCUGCCAAAGAUUCGAGACCUGUUUGUAGCAGUGGGUUCAUCUGUGAAGAUACCAUGCACUGACGGAGAAGAAAAGGGGGUGGAGUGGAGAUUCAACAGUUCAGUGCUUGUCUCAAGCCCUGUUCUCUCCAUACAGAACAGCAGUUUGAAGGACCAAGGCAUCUACACCUGCCACCAACCAAAUGGAGAUCUGAUACAAACAGUAUCUCUACACCUGGGAUAUCCUCCUUCUCCUCCGGAUGUGCACUGUUGGUCUCCAAGUUACCCUAAAAGGGCAAUAUGUUCUUGGACACUGAGUCAAGACCCAAUACUUCCAACACAUUACGUUGCUACAUACAGAAGCGUUUCUGAGUCACUCUCAAGUGCCCGCCAAUGCCAAAAAUGGGGAGAACAAGACACGCAAUGUGCGCUAGAGGAACUGGAGAUCUUUGCAAGUGAACCAACUCUUGUCAACAUAACAGCUAUUAAUGCUCUGGGUAGCACAACACGCAUAUGGCCAAUUAUUUUUGAGCAGAUAGUGAAACCCGAUCCUCCGGUGAAUGUGAGCGUGAUGGUAAUGCCAGGCAGGAAGCUGUCUGUGCAGUGGGGUCCACCACCCACUUGGCCAGAUCCUGUCAACUUUCUUCUUAAAUACACAGUGAAAUUCCACUGGGGCAAACCUGAGACAGCACGAACCCUGAGCCCUUAUGAGUCUAAUAAAAGGGUUUUGAGUGGACUGGUUGCAGGGAGAACUUACUACAUCCAAAUAUCUGCAAAGGACUCCCUGGAUGAUGGACAGAGCAGUGACUGGAGUGCACCAAUAAAUGCAACUAUACCUAUCAACUGAUGUGGUGAAACAAUACAUUACACUACAUUAACCAAAAGUGUUAAAAUCGCAGUGUUGAUGAUGUCACCAAAGUAUAACUUUGUUUAUAAAGGCAAUGAUAACCAAUGCAAGGUUAACGUGCUUCAUUAAUUUACACCCAGCAUGGCUCCACUUGCAUGUAAUCACACAGUUUGUAAGCAUGUUAAAAAAAUGUUUUUAUCUAAUGUUUAUUACCUAACUGAUUUUAACUGAUUUGUGAAACAAUAAAAAUCACACAUUUUCAA